UUUGAUUCUCAGAUUUCAAGUACGUGACCUAGGUUUUUUUAUUAACUUGGAGCCAAAGAAAUCAGAGAAUCGAUAAUAUAUUCCAUUGCAAUGGUACCACCAGAGCUAGAAUUCAAAAAGUAUCUCGGAAAGGGUUCGUAUGGUUCGGUGAGUCUCUUCAAGUAUUCGAAACCACGCACGACUCUCUACACCGCGGUGAAGACUUGCAACUAUAAAAACGCCGAGUCUCUCCAGAAAGAGUUUGGAAUCUUGUCCCAAUUCAAGGGUUGUUCGAGAAUCGUCCAGUGCUAUGAAAACAGAGUUAUAGAGAAUCUGGACGUUGAGGGUAACAUAGAGUAUAUGAUGCUAAUGGAGUACGCAGCUGGAGGAAGCUUGAGGACUUUCAUGGAACGAUCCGAAGAUAAGAAACUGCCUGAUCCUUUGAUAAGAGAGUUUACUCGUAUGAUUCUCGAAGGCUUAGCCACGAUUCACAGAGAAGGCUAUGUCCACUGCGAUCUCAAACCCGGAAACAUCCUUGUUUUCCCUAAAUGCGUCUAUAAGAAGGGCGCCUGGAGAUCGUCUUAUGAAUUGAAGAUUUCUGAUUUUGGGUUGACGAAAAGAGAUGGAGACAAUAAGUGGUGGCAUCCUCAUCGCCCGUUCGUGGGAACUGCGAUCUAUAUGUCGCCGGGAUCGGUUUCUCAUGGCGAGACAGGGAGAGGACUUGAUUUAUGGUCAUUGGGAUGUGUGGUAUUGGAGAUGUACACUGGAAAGAAACCAUGGUGGCAUAAUAACUAUGACUUGGAGGGUCUCAAGAAGUGGUACGCGCCACUGAUUCCAAGUGAUCUUCCUUGCGAUGCAAAGCACUUUAUCAUGGCUUGCUUCACGUUCAAUACUGAUGAGAGAAAAGACGCGUUGACAUUGUUGGAGCAUAGCUUCUUGCGUGGAGAGGUUAAUAAGAUCACAAAGCCUUAUGUGAAGAAUGAGAAUCGGAAGGAAAUUUCUCUGACAUUGAGGAAAGUUGUGAAGAGGCCAUCAAAAGUUACGUCUAUUAUUUUCAAAAGAGCCGAAGAAUUGAUAAAGAUCAUCAAGAAGCAACCAAGACCACCGAGAGCCAAUUUGCUUCCUGUUCACCUUUGUUCCCUAGCAGAACCAUCUCAAAAGAUUUGUUUGUUGCCAAAGCUAUCAGAAGAAUCAAUCGUUCUAUUUGCGAUGGUGGCGUUGGAUUUGGAGUUCGAAAGGUAUCUGGGAAAAGGUUCGUUUGGCUGGGUGAGUCUCUUCAAGUACAAAAGACGACGCGACGGCGAGACUCUCUACGCCGCCGUGAAAACCUCUGACGACAAAUACGCUAAGUCUCUCUACAAAGAGUUUCAGAUCCUGUCUGAAUUCAAGGGCUGUUCGAGAAUCGUCCAAUGUUACGGUAACGGAGUAAAAGAGAGAUUUAACAACAAGGGUUACGUAGAGUACAAGAUUGCCAUGGAGUACGCAGCUGGAGGAAGCUUGAGCAAUUUCAUGGACCGAUUCAAAGACAGAAAAUUGCCUGAUUCGAUGAUCAGACACUUCACUCGUAUGCUUCUCGAGGGUUUAGCCACGAUUCACAGACACGGCUAUAUUCACUGUGAUCUCAAACCCGAAAACAUCCUUGUUUUCCCUAGGUCUGUCUACAAGAACGGCACGUGGAGUUCUUCUUACAAAUUGAAGAUUUCUGAUUUCGGAUUGUCGAAAAGAGAUGGAGACACUAAGUGGUGGCAUCCUCAUCAACCGUUUGCGGGAACACCAAUCUAUAUGUCGCCGGAGUCUAUCUCUCACGGUGAGAUAGGGAAAGGACUUGAUUUAUGGUCGUUGGGAUGUGUUGUGUUGGAGAUGUACACUGGCAAGAAACCAUGGUGGCAUACUAACUAUGAAUUAGAAGAUCUCAUGAAGUGUUACGAGCCAUUGUUUCCGCGUGAUCUUUCUUGCGAUGCAAGACUCUUUCUCAUGACCUGCUUUGCGUCUGAACCAGAUGAGAGGAAAGACGCCUUGACAUUGUUGAAGCAAAGCUUCUUGCGUGGAGAUGUCAAUAAGUUCACUAAGCUUCAGAUGAAUGUGAAGAUUGACAAUCCGAAAGAUGAUUUCACCAUGGGACUGGAGAAAUGUAGACAGAUGCUUUCGGAAAUUAGGAGUAUGUGUUAAUUUGAAGCUGAUGAGCUCUGCAAAGAGCCCUGGAGACCUAAUAUUGUUCUUGG